AGUCCACGCCCCUGCUCCACCAGUAUCCACUGCUCUUUAUGCUCAUGAUAAUAUUUCUGCAGCAUUAUCACCACCUCAGAAGGGACUUUAAAGCAGCUGGAGAAAGAGACAAGUUAUUUAUUUCUUAUCUGUUUGUCUUCUGGUCUGUGUAUUUGAAGGAGUUUGGACCAUUAGGACCAGAGCAUGUUGGUGACGGUGCUCCUGCUUCUGGUCGCUCUGAGUGUCCAGGGAGGAAAUGGCGAGGAGAGCCAAGAGUCUCAGAAACCGGGCCAUGUCUCGGUGGUGAUAGUGGGAGGAACAGGUGACCUGGCUAAGAAGUACCUGUGGCAGGGCUUCUUUCAGCUGUACGUCAACCAGGUCAGCAGUGGAAACACCUUCUCCUUCUACGGCGGCGGGCUGUCGCCUGUCGACACGGCCAAGCCGAUCUUCUUUGAGAUCCUGAAGGCGGUUUCCUGCUCGAAGGACGUGUCAGAGGAGCGCUGUGCCGUGCUGAAGGACCAGUUCCUACGGCUCUCACAGUAUCUGCAGCUGAAGGACCAAGAAGACUACCAGAACCUGGCCAAGCUCAUCAAGGAAGAGCUCCAACAAGAGGGAAUAACAGAGGCAGGCCGGCUCUUCUACCUCUCAGUACCUGCAUUUGCAUAUGCAGAUAUUGCUGAAAAGAUAAAUAAUAGCUGCAGGCCGACCAGCGAGGCGUGGCUGAGGGUGGUGCUGGAGAAACCUUUCGGCCAUGAUUACAGGAGUGCUCAGGUGCUUGCAUCUGAGCUCGGAAACUCCCUGAAGGAUGAAGAAAUGUACAGAAUCGACCAUUACUUGGGGAAGCAGGUCGUUGCAAACAUACUUCCAUUUAGGACACAGAACAAGAAGUUUCUGGAUCCCAUUUGGAACAAGCACCACAUCGAGAGAGUGGAGAUCGUACUGAAAGAGACUCUGGAUGUAAAAGGUCGUAUUGCCUUCUAUGACCAGUACGGGGUGAUCAGAGAUGUGAUCCAGAACCACCUGACGGAGAUCAUGACCCUGUUGACCUCCAAGCUCCCCAUGAACCUGAGCAGCACGGAGGAAGUCCUCCGGAACAAACUGGACAUCUUCAGCUCCCUGCUGCCUGUAGGGAGGAACCAGGCCGUGACGGGCCAGUACCAGGAGUACAAAGCAGCCGUCCAGCAGGAGCUGAAUAAGACCAAAGACCACAUCAGCCUCACGCCAACAUUUGCAGCUGUGUUGGCCUACGUGGAUGAGGCCCGGUAUGAAGGUGUGCCCAUUCUUUUGAUCUCAGGGAAGAUGUUGGAUGAACGGGUGGGAUACGCACGCAUUCUGUUCAAGAACGACAUAUUUUGUGUUCAAAACCACAACAGCGUUCACUGCAAGCCCAAACAGAUAGUUUUCCACUUUGGGCAUGGCAGCCUUAAAUAUCCAGCAAUUCUUGUCAGUAAGAAUUUAUUCAAGCCCGUUUUAAUGGACAGUGAGUGGAAAGAAGUGACUGAGCAUACAGACGUCAAUGUUCUAGGUUUACCUAUUUCAGACUAUUAUGUCCAAACUCCAUUAGAGCAGAAGGAAGCAUACUCAGAACUUAUUUCUCACAUUUUUGCUGGACGUAAGAAUAGUUUCAUUAAUACUGAGAACCUGCUGGCGUCCUGGGGCUUAUGGACGCCGCUGCUCAGCAGCCUAGCGCUGACUUUCCCCCGCAUCUACCCCGGGGGGGCCGAGAACGGAGACCUGCUGGACGUCCGCGUGAAAGGGAAAGAAAUCAGCUUCAACAACGAAGUGGUGAUAAUCGGCUCUGACCAGGCGGGCGGCGCCUCGGCGAAGGGUUUCCAAGUGAUGCAAGGCAAAUUCCGCAGUGCUGAGAUGGUGUCGGCGUGGUCGGAGGAGCUGGUGGACCGGCUGGCUGCAGAUAUUCAGGCAGCAGCGGAGGCAGCGGUGCGUGAGGGAGGCGUUUUCCACCUGGCGCUCUCUGGUGGGGCCACUCCACUCGCUCUGUUCCACCGGCUGGCCCUGCACCACUUCUCCUUCCCCUGGACGGACACCCACGUCUGGAUGGUGGACGAGCGCUGCGUGCCGCUGACCGAAAGCGAGUCCAACUUCCGCAACCUGCACGACAACCUGCUGCAGCACGUGAGGAUCCCCUAUUACAACAUCCACCCCAUGCCGGUGCAGCUCAACCAGCGUCUGUGUGUGGAGGAGGACGGAGGAGCACUGCUGUACGAGAAGGAGGUGGCUAAGCUGGUGAACGGCUCCAGCUUUCACUUUGUGCUGCUGGGAGUGGGCUAUGACAGCCACACGGCCUCUCUGUUCCCUGGGAGUAAGGUGGAGGAGUUCGGAGAGCGUCUGGUGGUGCUCACCGAGAGCCCCGCCAAGCCGCACCAACGCAUGAGCCUCACCUUCAGCGCCAUCAACCAGGCUCGCACAGUCGCUCUGUUAGUGAUGGGCAAAGGCAAACAUGAGCUGGUCACCCAGCUGAGCCGAGCAAAGGACAAUCAGGACAAAUAUCCUGUCACUGGGGUGAAGCCUAAAGACGGCAGGCUUGUCUGGUAUAUUGACUAUGAUGCACUUUUAGGAUAGGAAUUACAUUCCAAACUUUCAGUUGGAAAACUAUUUUUGUAGCUGCUUUAACCCUUUAUCAGGCAAAGAACUAUAUUUGGUAACUUCAGGUUAUAUUUUGAGAAAAAAGUUGCAGAUUUACGAGGAAAAAAGUGGGAAAAAAAUAACUUUUUUCUCCCAGAUUCAACACUUUAACCCUUAAUUGUGCACUCAUUGAAAUACUUGCAAAUUCCAAAUUUACAUAUUACAUACUGGCAAAAUGUGUAAAAAAAACAUACGAAAAUAAUAUUUUCAGAAAAAAGUUUACGAGAUUAAAGUGGCAAAUCUACAAGAAAAAAAGUCACAGAUUUAAGAGAUUUAAAGUGGUGAAUCUGCGCAAAAAAAGUUGCAGAUUUACGAGAAAAAAGUGGAAAAAAAGCAACUUUUUUCUCCCAGAUUCACCACU